UGCCGCGGUUCACACGGAAACCAAUGACCGAUGUUUGUUAUGCUACAGUUAGCAGUAUGCCCGCUGAACGCAAGCGUUCAGUAAACAUGGACGAGAAAGACGUUUGCAGCUUCAGCAACAAGGAGAAGGAGAAGGACAGAGACGGCGAGAGACGACCGGCGUCCACCAGAGACAAAACGAAGGACGAAGCCAAGAUGAGUGGGAAAAAAGACGGCGGCAAGGAGGAGAAGAGGAAGCGCCUGGAGGAAGAGAAGAAGAAGAAGGAGGAGAAAGACCGGAGGAAGAAAGAGGAGGAGAAACAGAAAGUGGAGGAGGAGCUGAAGAAGAGGGAGGAGGAGGAGAAGAGACAGCAGGAGGAGCAGGAGAGGAAGCUUCAGGAGGAGGAGUCCAAAAGACAACGGGAGGAGGAGGCAGCACUCCUCAAGGAGAAAGAGGAGGGCCACCAGCUGCACCAGGAGGCCUGGGAGCGCCACCAGUGCAGGAAGGAGCUCCGCAGUAAGAACCAGAACGCUCAGGAGGGUCGUCCGGAGGAGGCCUUCUUCAGCCGGCUGGACUCCAGCCUGAAGAAGAACACGGCCUUCGUGAAGAAGCUGCGCACGCUCACCGAGCAGCAGCGGGACGCGCUCUCCAAUGACUUUGCCUCUCUGAACCUCAGCAAGUACAUCGGCGAGGCGGUGAGCUCCGUGGUGGAGGCCAAGCUGAAGAUCUCUGACGUGGGCUGCGCCGUCCACCUGUGCUCGCUUUUCCACCAGCGCUACGCAGAGUUCGCCCCGCUGCUCCUGCAGGCCUGGAAGAAGCACUUUGAGGCCCGGAAGGAGGACAAGGCGCCCAACGUCAGCAAGCUGCGUACAGACCUGCGCUUCAUCGCUGAGCUCACCAUCGUGGGCCUCUUCACCGACAAAGAGGGGCUGUCGCUGAUCUACGAGCAGCUGAAGAACAUCAUCAGCACCGACAGGGAGACGCACACGCACGUGUCCGUGGUCAUCAGCUUCUGUAAGCACUGCGGCGAUGACAUCGCCGGCCUGCUGCCCCGAAAGGUCAAACUGGCCGCUGAGAAGUUUGGCCUGAGCUUCCCUCCGAGCGAGAUCAUCAGCACGGAGAAACAGCAGCCCUUCCAGAACCUUCUGAGGGAAUACUUCACCUCGCUCACCAAACACCUGAAGAAGGACCACCGCGAGCUGCAGAACACCGAGAGGCAGAACAGGCGCAUCCUACAUUCCAAAGGGGAGCUGAGUGAGGACAGACACAAGCAGUACGAAGAGUUUGCCACUUCAUACCAGAAGCUGCUGGCCAACACUCAGUCUCUGGCCGACCUGCUGGAUGAAAACAUGCCGGAGCUUCCUCAGGACAAGACCGUGCAGGAGGAGCACGGCCCUGGCAUCGACAUCUUCACCCCCGGUAAACCUGGAGAGUACGACCUGGAGGGAGGGAUCUGGGAGGACGAAGACGCUCGGAACUUCUACGAGAACCUGGUGGACCUGAAGGCCUUCGUCCCGGCCAUCCUCUUCAAGGACAAUGAGAAGAGCAGCCAGGGCAAAGACAAGGACGACGCCAAAGAUGGCAGAGAGGGGAAGGACUUGGCCAGCACCACAGAGGAGCUGGAGCUGGAGCUGGAGGCUCUGGACAUCACAGAUGAACCUCUGGAACUGGAGGGACCAGACGAGGCCGAGAACGAAGAACUGGCCAAAAAACUGCUGGAUGAGCAAGAGCAAGAGGAUGAGGAGGCGAACACAGGGUCCCACCUGAAGCUGAUAGUGGACGCCUUCAUCCAGCAGCUGCCCAACUGCGUCAACAGAGACCUCAUCGACAAGGCUGCGAUGGACUUCUGCAUGAACAUGAACACCAAAUCAAACAGGAGGAAACUGGUCCGAGCGCUCUUCACCGUUCCCAGGCAGAGGUUGGAUCUUCUGCCCUUCUACUCUCGCCUGGUGGCAACUCUUCACCCCUGCAUGUCGGACGUGGCUGAAGACCUGUGCUCCAUGCUGAAGGGAGACUUCAGGUUUCAUAUUCGUAAGAAGGACCAGAUCAACAUCGAGACAAAAAAUAAAACCGUCAGAUUCAUCGGAGAACUGUCGAAGUUCAAGAUGUUCUCAAAAACAGACACGCUUCACUGUCUCAAGAUGCUGCUGUCAGAUUUCACUCAUCACCACAUCGAAAUGGCGUGCACGCUGCUGGAGACCUGCGGACGCUUCCUGUUCAGGUCCCCCGACUCCCACCUGCGGACCAGCGUCCUGCUGGAGCAAAUGAUGCGGAAGAAGCAGGCGCAGCACCUGGACGCCCGCUACGUGACGAUGGUGGAAAACGCCUACUACUACUGCAACCCGCCGCCCAUGGAGAAGACGGUGAAGAAGAAGAGGCCGCCGCUGCAGGAGUACAUCCGCAAGCUGCUCUACAAGGACCUGUCCAAGGUGACCACGGAGAAAGUGCUGCGGCAGAUGCGCAAGCUGCCGUGGCAGGACCCCGAGGUGAAGAGCUACCUGAUCUGCUGCAUGGUCAACAUCUGGAACGUCAAGUACAACAGCAUCCACUGCGUGGCCAACCUGCUGGCCGGCCUGGUCGCCUACCAGGAGGACGUGGGCAUCCACGUGGUGGACGGCGUGCUGGAGGACAUCCGGCUCGGCAUGGAGGUCAACCAGCCAAAGUUCAACCAGCGGCGGAUCAGCAGCGCCAAGUUCCUGGGCGAGCUCUACAACUACCGCAUGGUGGAGUCGGCCGUCAUCUUCCGCACGCUCUUCUCCUUCAUCUCGUUCGGGAUCAACCAGGACGGCAGCCCCAGCGCCCUCGACCCUCCGGAGCACCUGUUCCGCAUCCGCCUGGUGUGCACGCUGCUCGACACCUGCGGACAGUACUUCGACCGCGGCUCCAGCAAGAGGAAGCUCGACUGCUUCCUCAUCUACUUCCAGCGGUACAUCUGGUGGAAGAAGAGCAUCGACGUUUGGACUAAAGAUCACCCGUUCCCCAUCGACAUCGACUACAUGAUCAGCGACACGCUGGAGCUGCUGCGGCCCAAGAUGAGGCUCAGCUGCUCCCUGGACGAGGCCACCAAGCAGGUGUCUGACCUGGAGAGGGAGGUGCUCGUCAAACUAGGCCUGGCGAUGGAGAAGGACGGCCGCUCCAGCGCCAUGAGCGAAGGGGAGGUGCUCGACGAGGAGGACGACGACGGCGACGACGACGAAGAGGGCGGCGCCGAGACGGAGGAGCAGUCUGGCAACGAGAGCGAGAUGAACGAGCAGGAAGAGGAUGAGGGGUCGGAGAACGAAGAGGAGGAGCGAGAGGAAGAGGAGGAGGAGAACACCGACUACCUGACCGACUCCAACAAAGAAAACGAGACGGAUGAGGAGAACAACGAGGUCACCAUCCGUGGCGGUGGACUGAAGCACGUGGCGUGCGCUGAGGACGAGGACUUCAUUCAGGCGCUGGAUAAGAUGAUGCUGGAGAACCUGCAGCAGCGCAGCGGCGAGACGGUGAAGGUGCACCAGCUGGACGUGGCGAUCCCUCUGCAGCUGAAGAGUCAGCUGAAGAAAGGCGGCUCCAGAGAGCCGUGCAUCGGGGGAGACUCGGACAUCUCCGACACCAUGCAGUUUGUCAUGCUCACACGCAAAGGCAACAAGCAGCAGUAUAAGAUCCUGAACGUGCCGCUGUCCUCCCACCUGGCGGCGAACCACUUCAACCAGCAGCAGGCGGAGCAGGAGGAACGCAUGAGGAUGAAGAAACUCACUCUGGACAUCAACGAGCGACAGGAGCAGGAGGACUACCAGGAGAUGAUGCAGUCUCUCGCUCAGCGUCCGGCUCCCGCCAACACCAACCGGGAGCGCCGGCCUCGCUACCAGCACCCGAAAGGUGCUCCCAACGCCGACCUCAUCUUCAAGACCGGAGGAAGAGCGAAACGAGACAGAAAUGAAAGACAGGAGAAGCAGGACAGAGACCAGAGACACGAGACCGAGUAGAAAUCAGAUCAGAUCGAG